CUCCCCCACCUGGUGAACGACACGGCGGCACGAACGCGUCGGGUCGGCGUCGUCGUACUCGUCGUCGUGCACUUGCUCCGAUGGCUCAGCGCCGGCAGCGCAACUUCCCGCCGGCCACCAUGGCGUGCCUGGCCCUCGCCGUGAGGGCCCUGAUGUGCGCCGCUUCCCCCACCACGGCGCAGCCGCAGCCACCGCCGCUGCCGCUGCCACUACCGCAGCAGCCGGCGACUACGACGGCGCCCGCCGCGGUGCCGAACCUGCCGGUGGCGUGCCCGCCGGCGCAGGCCACCCUAUCGCCGUGCCUGGGCUUCUUCAUCGGCAACUCCUCGACGCCGCCGGCCGAGUGCUGCGCCCAGAUCCGGGCCAUGUUCCAGUCCCAGGCGCCGUGCCUGUGUGCCGCCAUGGCGUCGGGGGCCGCGCAGCUCGGGUCCGCGAUCGGCCAGCUGCUGCCGAGCUCGUGCGACCUGCCCGCCAACGCCUGCUCGGGGUCGGGGACCGCGAGCGGCGCCCCGGCUGGUCCAACGACGGCGCCGGCGUCGUCAGGGUCAGGAACAACCGCCGCGGCGGCGCCGGGGACUGGGCCGACCGGUGUGGACACGACCGCGCCGCCAGCCGGUGGUGGUGGCGGAGUGAAGUCAGUUCCAGGCGUGCUUGGCUCGGGAGCUGCCGCUGCACCGGCAGGCUGCCGCGGCGUCUAUGCUGCAGCCGCUGCUCUGGUCUCGCUGUUCGUCGCCUAUCUGCUCUGAACUCUGAUCGGAUCAUCCGAUCAUGUGCUUCUAGGAUUAUUGCGAGUCGUGUACAUUCAGAUGUGGAUUUGUAGCACGCCGUUCGUGUAGCAUGUUCCGUGCUUGUUGAGAAAUGUAGUGACAAACCGACAAGACUUGCAAGCAAUGAAGGACAUCCUCAAAAUGUUUGGUGAAG